CAAUUCGUCCAGUGAAGAGUGGGGUUCCGACGACAGGAGGCGCCCUCGGCAAUCGGCAGGUGCCUCGAAGCCUUACUGUAAUCUUCAGUGUAAGGACCAAUGCAGCAGCUAAGCUAGUCUCUUCCUCUUGGGUUCGUAGCAACUCCGACAGCACAUAGGUACAUUAUUCUCGUAGGUUUGGACCUUGAACUCGAACUAGGCCAGGGUAAGUAGGGUGCUUAGGUACGCACUCAGUGAUAAGGUGCUGGAAAGGAAUCACGUGCCACCACAGCCAGCCUUUAGAACCCCGCGCUACAAUUCUUACCGCCAAAAAAAAAGUUUUGGGCCCGUGGAGAACUUCUGGAGGUUACCAGAAGCAAAGCAAUGGGGAAGCUCAAGUCCAACAAGCGUAAUAGCGCUGCAACAGGCUCAAACCCCUACUCUAAAGCCAAAGCGCAAGCUGCCUCUAAUAAUGUCUUCAAAUUUAACACAAACGUCGGCCAGCACAUCCUAAAAAAUCCAGGCGUCGCAGAGGCCAUCGUUGCAAAAGCACACCUGAAGCCCACGGAUACGGUCCUUGAGGUUGGCCCUGGCACAGGCAACCUGACGGUGCGGAUACUGGAGAAGGCGAGGAAUGUUAUAGCUGUGGAGUUGGACCCUCGUAUGGCAGCUGAAGUUACAAAGCGAGUGCAGGGGAAACCUGAGCAGAAGAGAUUAGAGGUUUUGCUCGGAGAUGUAAUCAAGACUGAGCUGCCGCCAUUCGAUGUCUGCAUAAGCAAUACCCCGUAUCAGAUUUCUAGUCCUUUGGUUUUCAAACUCCUGGCCUUACCCAAUCCUCCCCGGACAUCGAUCCUCAUGUUUCAACGAGAAUUCGCACUUCGGCUUACCGCCAGACCUGGUGAUCCAUUAUACUGCCGAUUAUCUGUGAACGUCCAAUUCUUUUCCAAGAUCACGCACAUAAUGAAGGUAGGGAAGAACAAUUUCAGGCCCCCGCCACAGGUGGAAUCUUCCGUUGUGCGGAUAGAACCGAAGAUGGGCGCAGAGCGGCCUGGCGUGAGCUGGGAUGAGUGGGAUGGUAUGUUGCGGAUUUGCUUCGUACGAAAGAACCGGACUAUGAGGGCAAGUUGGCUGGGUACUAAGGAAGUUCUGGCGAUGAUUGAACGGAACUACAAAGUCUGGUGUUCCGCCAAUCAGAUAGCUAUCGAUGACACAGAACUAGCAGAAUACGAAGACAUGGAAAUUGAUGGAGGGGAAGAACAGGAUGAAUGGGGAGGUAUCAUGGAGGGUGAUGAGGAGGAUGAUACACCAGCCUUUUUCAAAGAAGAGGCAGAGCGUUUAUCGAAGGAGGAUGGGGCCAAGACAAAGAGUAGGAAGAAGAAGACCAGAGUUGCGGUGUUAGUCAAGGAGAAGAUCCGUAAGGUCUUGGAGGAUGUGACCGAGUUGGCAGACAAGAGAGCUGGCAAAUGUGAUGAAAAUGACUUCCUACGGCUUUUGUCUGCCUUUAACGAAGAAGGUAUACAUUUCGCCUGAGCAGGAGUAUGGAUUCUAUCGAUUAUUUAGCAAGGCGUUCAAGUCAUACAAUCCGAUGGGCUGCUGCCAGGGUUGACAUUUCGCCUUGUGCUUCCAAUACGGAGUAAGGUACCUACCUGCCUAGGUAGGUAAUGAGAGCAAUUGGCAAUGGUCGAUUGAGGCACGUGUAGAAGGUCAACACUAGGUACCCAAGGUACCCAAGGUACCUACUCCGGGAGGCAGGAAGUCCACAACAAUCGAACUUAUAGCACGUAGCAAUCAGAAUCGUAACUCCUCUUACAGGGAGUUUAAAGUAG